ACUCAUAAUAAUUGGCCAUCACUUAUCUGAUGAAAGUGACUAGAAACUAUUACUGAUAACACUUAAUUUGUAUUGGCCGUAUAAAUCUUCAUUCGAUAAUAACUGAAAAUACUGGGUGUCAUCAGUCGUCGAGUAAUUCUUCCUAAUCAGGAGAAUGCCACUGGUUCUUCACUACCUCUCGCUCAGCCCCCCGGCCCGAACCGUGGACUUGGUGAUCCAUGCUCUGGGGCUAGCCGCUGAGUACAAGGUCGUGGAUACACUCAAUAAGGAGCAGUUUAAGCCAGAAUUCCUCAAGUUGAAUCCUCUACAUACCAUUCCUGUCAUUGUUGAUGAUGGAUUUGUGCUCUGGGAAAGUCAUGCCAUCAUAACUUACCUGGUCUCCAAGUACGGUAAGGACGAUUCUCUCUACCCAAAGGACCUCAAGAAACGUGCUAUUGUAGACCAGAGGCUUCACUAUAGCAACGAUGUCUUCUAUGUCCUCAGGAGGAUCACGAGAAAAAUAUUACUGGGUCAACUGAAAGUGCUAUCUGAAGAUUACAUCCACCGAGUGAGAGAGAUCCAAAUGAACAUGGAGAAAUUGUUGGAGGGCCACAAGUUCAUGGCUGGGGACACCCUUACUGUGGCGGACUAUAGUUACAUCACUCUGGUCGACGUUCUAGAGGAAUUUUCACCAAUGGAAGACAAGUUUCCACAGAUCCAGGCUUGGGCAUCACGAUGUUACGCCACCAUCAAGGACUUCGAUCUCGUCAACAAGAAAGGAGCUAAGGAAAUAAUUUCCCAAAUCAAGGAAGGAUUGUCUUUGGUUGAACACUUUUGAAUAGCUUGUUUUUUUAGGUUUAUUGUUCGGGAUAGACAAAUUACGAUAAUUAAAUCGCAGCUGACUCAAAAUGACAACCAGCAUAUGCAUAAAAUACAUAAAACUGUGAAUAAUUAUAUUGCAUUUUUAUUAGUAACUUACUCAGUGACUACUGCAAUACCGAUACCAUUUGAAAAAAUGAACAGUCAAUUGAAUUAGUUCCUAUUUUCUAAACUUUUACAUUGGUUAGUGUUUAUUUUUGGUUUGAACCAACACUUUUAAAUUGUACAACUCCACUUCAGAGUUAUUAGUUUCUUACUUGACUUUCCCUCAUGUAUUUCUUCCUCUUGUCAUGAUACAACCGUUGAAACUUUUCUUUGAAUUCAUUGUUGUCAAAAACGUGAAUAUGUGUUAAAAAUGUUUCCCUCUUCCUUUAGGCACACAGCCUGAUUUGUUAGCCUCCCGUGUUAUUUAAUUAAGAGAUCUUUAUUCUAAUUGUUAUUUCACAUUGAUUAAGUUCAAAAUUUUAUUUUUCCAUCUUUGAUUCCGUCUGGACACUAUACAGCAUGUUAAAACUGUGUGGGUAAAUAUUUAUGGAUAUUGUUGAAUAGGUGAAAAUAAACAAAACAGUUGUUCUAACACUA